CGUUAGUCAGGCGGUCCUGCUGGCUGCGGCAUCAUCGGCCAGGCUCGCCCCCUCAAAUUCCCGCUCCGUGACAAAGCGGUGCGUUCACUCAUCGGCCAUUUCCUACACGUUAGACGUUUCCUCCACUUUGACUCCUUGCCCUCUCUUUUUCAUUUCCUUGUUGUCCCCCUCGAGUUUUAGAUAUUCCGCUUUGUUGCGAGAUUCCGUUGCAGCAGCCUGUCCCUUACCGCCGAUCGCCCCCCGGAAACCACCGACCGACCACGCUCCUAACUGCGCACCACUGUUGAACGCAGUCCCGCGCGCCCACCAUGUCGGGCCGCUACGAGCGGGUGAAUUCCCACGACGUGGACGAGCCCGAGACACCAGCGGCGCCCCUGCCAAGGCCGACGUAUCCGAUCCCCAACUCACCACCCCCAUCGUUCCACUCGCGAGCCUCGUCGAGAGAACGGCAGACCGCGGUCAACCCGGACCUGGCCGACGCCUUUGACGCCGACGGCGACGACAGCGACGAUGAGGCCGACGACAGGCAGCGGCUCGUGCGCGGCAGCGCGGCGCCGUCGGUUAACGGAGCCACGCAGGCCGGAGCAGCCACGACACAGUCUGCAGCGCGGCCAGCGCAACCGCAACGGCCGGUAGGGGGUGCGCCGACGACGUCCCGCGUCUACGGCAGCGGCAUACAGUCGGAUGGCGUUUUCUCCAAUUUGUCGGCGAAGCCGGAUCGGGGAGACGGAGAGAAGGAGGAGCUGCCUCCGUCCUACGAACAAGCCGCAGCCGACCAGGCCCCGCCGUACUGGGAAACGACGAUCCUCGCCCCCGGCCUCGGCGGCCCCGACGACGUCUACAUCGACGGCCUGCCCGUGGGCUCGUUCUUCGGCUUCGUCUGGAACGCCAUGAUUUCGAUGGCCUUCCAGCUGGUCGGCUUCCUGCUGACCUACCUCCUGCACUCGACGCACGCGGCCAAGAACGGCUCGCGCGCCGGCCUCGGCAUCACGCUGAUCCAGUACGGCUUCUACAUGAAGAGCACGCCGUCCGGGCCCGGCGGCGGCGGCAACCCACACUCGCACAUGGAGGGCGACGGGUACACGAACCCGGCCGAUCCGAACGCGCACAACUUCGAUCCGAACGACGUCAACAAGUCAGGCGGCGGCAGCAACGAUAUCACGGGCAGCGACUGGGCGGCGUACAUCCUGAUGAUUGUCGGCUGGUUCAUCCUGAUUCGGGCGGUCAGCGACUACCUGAAGGUGCGCAGGCACGAGCAGCUCGUGCUGCAGAGCCCGGACCGCGGGCUGGGCAUCCCGGUUGUUGCGGCCGGAGAGUCGCCCGAGACGGCGGUGUAGACAGAUGUUUGGGCGGGAUUUGAGAGCGCGGAAGUUUUCGCGGCGGCGUUUCGGUGCAAUGCAUGGAUGGCUCUGGAACUGGUGACAAGCCUGUGAUUAUGUUGUUCUCAUCGCGACUCCGCAGCAGGUUAUAUAUCCCAUAUUCGAAUGUAAAGACUCUGUCGGCAAGGUGUCUGGCAUUCCGCGCUGCGCUGCCCUCGGCAAACAGCUAUCACUGUACUUCCGUCCUACCUUCCAUUGGGAUUCUCUGCUCUGUUCCCUUACAUAAUGCCGCGACCCGAUGAGCCGGGCCAGGAGCGGGGCAGUCGCGCCCAAGCCUGACGUUUCAAUGGCCAGCCAUUACAUCACAGGCAACGUCAAC